AAAAAGAAACUCCGUUCUUUGGAUCCAAAAGAAAGAGCUCAAUGGUUAUGGGCUAAUAUCGAAAAUUUAGAUGUCUUUCUACAAGAUGUUUAUAUCUAUUAUCUUGGUAAUGGAUUUUAUUCAAUAAUUUUAUCAAAAUUAAUAGAUCUAUUGACUUUAGUCUUCAUCUUUACAAUCUCAAUCUAUUUAACUUCUUGUAUCAAUUAUUCUAAUAUCUCAAAUUCUCAUAAUAAAUUAUCAAAUAUUCAGGUUGAUAAGUGCUAUUCCAAUUUAAAUUUUUUCAAAAAGAUUUUAGUAUAUUUUUUUUCAUUUUUUUUAGUUACAAGAUUAUUCCAAUUUUUCUUCAUAGAUCUUAAAAAGUUAAAUGAACUAAAUUGCUUUUAUAAACAUUUAUUAUUAAUUAAUGAAGAUGAAUUACAAACCAUCUCUUGGCAAUUAAUAGUUAAAAAAAUUAUCCUAUUAAAAAAUCAAAACGCUAUAAUUUCAAACGUUUCAGACUCAAAGGCAAAAUCAAGAUUAGAUGCUCAUGAUAUAGCAAAUAGAAUAAUGAGAAAAGAAAAUUAUUUGAUUGCUUUAUAUAAUAAAAAUAUAUUAGAUUUAAAAUUACCCUUGUUCAAAUAUUUAAAUUUAAAUGAUACUAAUAGUAUACUAACAAAAACUUUAGAAUGGAAUAUAUCUUUGUGUCUCUUUGGUUUUGUUUUUAAUGAAAAAGGACAAUUAAGAUCAAAUUUUUUAAAAGAAUCUCAUAAAUCAAUACUAUCAGAUCAAUUGAAAAAAAGAUUUCUCUUGGCGGGGUUUUUAAAUCUUUUUUUCUCUCCCUUGCUUGUUCUUUACUUUCUUUUAUUAUACUUUUUUAGAUAUUUUAAUGAAUAUAAAUCAAAUCCAAGUUUAAUUAGCUCUAGACAGUAUACCCCUUAUUCUGAAUGGAAAUUAAGAGAAUUUAAUGAACUAUAUCAUCUAUUUCAAAGAAGAUUAAACUUAAGUGUUCCAGAAGCCACCAAAUAUAUUGAUCAAUUUCCAAAAGAUAAAACAAACCAAUUUAUGAAAUUUGUUUCUUUUGUUUCGGGUUCAUUUGCUGCUAUUUUAGGUAUCUUGGCAAUUUUUGAUCCUGAAUUAGGUAUUAAUUUUGAAAUUACUGAGGGAAGAACAGCUUUGUUUUAUAUUGGGGUUUUUGGUACUAUUUGGGCUAUUUCUCAUAAUUCAAUUCCAGAAGAUACCAUAGUAUUUGAUCCAGAAGCUAGUUUAAGAUAUGUUGCUCAGUUCACACAUCAUCUUCCAAAGGAAUGGGAUCAUAGAUUUCAUACAAAUGAAGUUAAAGCUGAAUUUUCCUCUUUAUUUGAGAUGAAAAUUGUUUUAUUAAUAAAAGAGCUUACUAGUAUAAUAUUAACUCCUUUCAUAUUAAUGUUUGCAUUAACAAAAUCAACAGAUAAAAUUAUCGAUUUUUUUAGAGAAUUUUCAGUUCAUAUAAAUGGCUUGGGUUACAUUUGUACUUUUGCAAUGUUUGAUUUUGAUAAGGAAAAAAAUCUGGCAACUGAUCCGAAA